AUGUUGAUGUCUAUGUCAAUCGUGCUUCUUCUGGUGCGGUCUUCUGCAUCUGCCAGUUGUGAGGUUGACUACUGCACCGAGUGCGUCCCAGACUACCCCGAUAACUGCAUGAUAUGCCAGGAUGACUAUAAGCUAGACGUGGAAACGGGCAAGUGCGUUCCAUGCCCAAAGGGUACAUGGGGUCCCAGGUGUUCCACACGCAAGUGCUGGUUCACCACACGCGUACAUUGUCUAGAAUGUGGCUAUACAGAUCGAUGUUGGACCUGUGAAGACGGGUACUAUGUGACGUGGUAUGGGGGCUGUGGUGCGUGUGCAGAAGGCACCGGAGGCUAUGAGUGUCAGGACCUCCGUUGCGGUAAUGUUACACUACCAAACUGCGAAGUUUGUAGUAGUGCAACGAGAGAUGCUUGUGGUCUUUGCAAGGAUUCUUACAAGCUGAUUCCAGAGACCAAUAAGUGCGAAGCAUGCCCCGAUGGCCGAAUCGGACCAGAGUGCAUUUCGAUGAGGUGUCUGGCCACAACCAGAGACUAUUGCCUCGAGUGUCUUUCUGGGACGAAUCGUUGCAGCCGGUGUUACGACGACUUUCAUCCUAAUGAGCUUGGAAAGUGUGUUCAAUGUCAAGGGAAUACCGGUGGCUACAAUUGCGAGAAGACUAAAUGCAAUGGAAAGAUAUCCGAGAAUUGUGCGACUUGCUACUCAGCUGAAGAUGCAAUCUUGGAGCCAGGGGCAUGCAAAGUUUGCAAAGAUGGGUACUACAAGGAGUCUAGUAACUCCAUUACUUGUACACCGUGUCCAGACAAUAGAUUGAGUGAUGGGAUUACAUGCAAUGCGGUGUUGUGUUCUGGGACCCGCCAGGAGAAUUGUCAGACAUGUGCAGAAAGUGGAACGGCAUGUCGACUUUGCUUCAAUGGUUAUAGUCCCAAUGAGACGGGCUCUUGCACGCCGUGCCCUGAUGGCAAAGGCGGGCCAAACUGUGUGGGGACAAAGUGCACAGCUGAUCAACUAACCCUUGUUGACGACUGUAGAUUCUGUGGAGAUGAUGGAGCGUGCGUUCAGUGUGCUGCAGGCUUUAUGCUCGAUAAUAAGGAGUGCGUUCCUGUCAAUGGAUGCCAGAGCCCCAACUGCAGAAGCUGCACCGUCACAGAGAGAACAGAGACUUGCAAGCGUUGCCAAAAGGGAUAUUAUGUUGUUGGGGGCAGGUGUGCACGUUGUGUCGGGAACUGCCUCGACUGUAAGAGCGCAAGCAUCUGUGUUGCGUGCGAGGACGGUUAUACGUUGACGGCCGACGUUUGCGUAUUGAAUUCCCCAGACGUAGACGUGGACUCCUGCAGCAUCUCAAACUGUCUGGCGUGCCUGGCCAACAGCCGAGACGUUUGUGCCACGUGUUCUAGCGGCUACCUAUGGAAUGCAAAUGAAAAGGCCUGUGUUGUAGCUUGCCCAGAUACUAACUGUAUCGAUUGCAAUCAAUCCACUGGUGAGUGCAGCGCCUGUGGCGUUGGAUAUGGAAUGCAGGGGGCUCUCUGCUAUCCUUGUACAAUUAGUGAUUGCUCUAGUUGCAGCUUUCGCACAGAUUCCAGAACAGGAAAGAGUAUUGAGAUCUGUACACAGUGUUCUUUCGGAGAGCUGACUGCUUAUGGCCAAUGCAAAGAAAUUGUGCGCGUAGGAAGAAGAACGGUUUUAAUAUCAUCUGUUAGUGCUACCGUUUUGGUUCUCUUGGCGUGCAUUGGUAUUGGGCUUUUCUUCAUCUUUCGCCGCAGAUCACCCAGACUUGAUGCCGCUUCGGAAGCACUUUCUGUGGAGACUCUACAAGAGCACGAACUUUCCCGUCAGUGUUGA